GAGGUGAAACGGAGAACUUCGAACGGAGAGGAGGCAGCUAUAACAGAGUGAGCGAGGCAGAGCGGGAGGCAGAGCGCGCCGAGCCGAGGCGGGAGGCACACGCGGCACGCGCUGUGAAAAUGCCCACCAGCUUCACGGUGGUCCCGGUGGAGGACGGCAGGCAGGCGGCCCAGGAGAAUGACGAAUACGCGGUCCUGGAUGAGGAGGGGGACGAAACGGAGCUGUCCCCGGGACCCCUCUCAGGAGAUGGAAUCCCAAAGGAAAGCAGUCCAUUCAUCAACAACACAGACAACGACAAAGCAAACAUGUAUGAUGGGAAGAACAUGGCUCUCUUUGAGGAAGAAAUGGACAGUACCCCAAUGGUGUCGUCACUGCUCAGCAAACUGGCCAACUACACCAACCUCACACAGGGGGUCAUUGAGCACGAGGAGGCCGAAGAUGACGAAGGGGCGAAGAAGAAAACUGUCAAGAGUCCACAGAUGGGCACCUUCAUGGGUGUGUAUCUACCCUGCUUGCAGAACAUCCUGGGUGUCAUCCUGUUCCUCCGUCUCACCUGGAUUGUGGGCACAGCAGGGAUUAUGGGCUCCUUAACCAUUGUCUCUAUGUGCUGUGCAUGUACCAUGCUGACAGCCAUAUCAAUGAGUGCCAUUGCUACAAAUGGCGUAGUUCCAGCUGGUGGCUCCUACUACAUGAUCUCAAGAUCUCUAGGCCCUGAGUUUGGAGGAGCUGUGGGAUUGUGCUUUUACCUGGGCACCACCUUUGCUGGCUCCAUGUACAUCCUUGGAACCAUUGAAAUUCUUCUGACCUACAUAGUGCCCAGUGCGGCCAUCUUCAGAGCUGAGGAGAAGGAGCAGGAGCUCGAAGCCCUGCUGAACAACAUGCGGGUCUACGGCACCUGCUGCCUCACUCUCAUGUCCGUGGUGGUCUUCGUGGGGGUGAAGUACGUCAACAAGCUAGCCCUGGUUUUUCUCGCUUGCGUGGUACUCUCCAUCCUGGCCAUCUACGCAGGGGUCAUCAAGACCACCUUCGAUCCCCCCAACUUCCCCAUCUGUUUGCUGGGCAACCGCACCCUGCAGAGGCACAGCUUUGACAAAUGCCUUAAGACAGAGGAGAUCGACAAUGUGACCGUCACCACCAAGCUCUGGGGGCUCUUCUGCAACAGCUCGGAUCUCAGCGCCGCCUGCAACGAGUAUUUCGUCCUCAACAACGUAACAGAGAUCCAGGGUAUCCCGGGUUUGCUGAGCGGGGUCAUCUCAGAUAACAUGUGGGGGGAGUACGGACCCCUGGGCAUGCUGGUGGAGAAGAAGAACUGCCCCUCUGUACAAGCCUCAGACAACUCCAAUGACAUGUACAUGCCCUAUGUGGCCAACGACAUCGCCACCUUCUUCACCCUCCUGGUGGGAAUCUACUUCCCCUCUGUCACUGGAAUCAUGGCUGGUUCAAACCGCUCCGGAGACCUGCGAGACGCCCAGAGGUCCAUUCCCAUCGGAACCAUCCUGGCCAUAGCAACCACUUCUUUCAUCUACAUUUCCUGCGUUGUGCUCUUCGGCGCUUGCAUUGAAGGUGUCGUUUUGAGAGACAAGUUUGGGGAUUCGGUGAAAGGGAACCUGGUGAUCGGCACUCUAUCUUGGCCUUCUCCUUGGGUCAUUGUCAUCGGCUCUUUCUUCUCCUGCUGCGGGGCGGGACUCCAGAGCCUCACCGGCGCCCCCCGCCUGCUGCAGGCCAUCGCACGCGACGGCAUCGUGCCCUUCCUGCAGGUGUUUGGUCACGGUAAAGCCAACGGAGAGCCUACCUGGGCCCUUCUGCUGACCGCGGGCAUCUGCGAGAUUGGGAUCCUCAUUGCCUCCCUGGACGCCGUGGCCCCCAUCCUCUCCAUGUUCUUCCUCAUGUGUUACCUGUUUGUGAACUUGGCCUGCGCUGUUCAGACGCUGCUGCGCACCCCAAACUGGAGGCCCCGCUUCAAGUUUUACCACUGGGCCCUGUCCUUCCUGGGAAUGAGUCUGUGCCUUUCCCUGAUGUUCAUCUCCUCCUGGUUCUACGCCCUGGUGGCCAUGCUCAUCGCCGGAUGCAUCUACAAGUACAUCGAGUACAGAGGGGCAGAGAAGGAGUGGGGAGACGGAAUACGCGGCCUGUCCCUCAACGCUGCCCGCUACGCCCUCCUCCGCCUAGAGGAGGCGCCACCCCACACCAAGAACUGGAGGCCUCAGCUGCUGGUGCUGCUCAACCUGGACUUGGAGCUGUGCGUCAAGCACCCCCGCCUCCUCUCCUUCACCACCCAGCUGAAGGCCGGCAAAGGCCUCACUAUUGUGGGCUCCGUGCUGGAGGGCACCUACUUGUCCAAGGAGCUGGAAGCCAAGCGGGCCGAGCAGAACAUCAAGUCGUCCAUGUCUGCAGAGAGGACCAAGGGGUUCUGCCACGUGGUCGUGUCCUCCAACAUGCGCGACGGCUUCUCCCACCUCAUCCAGUCGGCUGGCCUGGGCGGCAUGAAGCACAACACGGUGCUGAUGGCUUGGCCUGGGAGCUGGAAGCACGCGGACGACACCACUUCCUGGGCGAACUUUGUCGAAACGGUGAGGGAGACCACGGCAGCCCAUCAGGCCCUCCUGGUGGCCAAGAACGUGGACAACUUCCCCCCGAACCGGGACCGCCUGGCCGAAGGCACCAUCGACGUCUGGUGGAUCGUGCAUGACGGGGGCCUUCUCAUGCUGCUCCCCUUCCUGCUCCGACAGCACAAGGUGUGGAGGAAGUGCAAGAUGCGGAUCUUCACCGUGGCCCAGAUGGACGACAACAGCAUUCAGAUGAAGAAAGACCUGCAGAUGUUUCUGUACCACCUGCGGCUGGAUGCUGAGGUGGAGGUUGUGGAAAUGCACGACAGCGACAUCUCAGCCUUCACCUACGAGAAGACCCUGGUGAUGGAGCAGCGCUCUCAGAUGCUGAAGCAGAUGCAGCUGUCCAGGACGGAGCGCGAGAGAGAGAUUCAGAGCAUCACCGACGAGUCUCGCAGCUCCAUCCGGAGGAAGAAUCAGGGCACAGGCCAGAGCCAGCAGGGCGUCCAGCUCGAUGACACGAGAGAGGACGAGGCCCAGCUGAUCCACGACAGGAACAUGGCAUCCCACGGCGGCGUCAACGACAAGAGCGAGGCCGCCCCCGAACGGGUCCACAUGACCUGGACCAAAGAGAAACUCUCGGCCGAGCGAAGCCGCAACCGCGAGGCCAACGUGGCCGUACGCGACCUGUUCAGCAUGAAACCAGAGUGGGAGAGCCUCAAUCAGUCCAACGUGCGCAGGAUGCACACCGCAGUCAAGCUGAACGAAGUGGUGGUCAACAAGUCCCAGGACGCCCAGCUGGUCCUCCUCAACAUGCCAGGGCCACCCAAACACAGGGGAGGAGACGAGAACUACAUGGAGUUCCUGGAAGUCCUGAUGGAGGGACUGAACAGGGUGCUGCUGGUGCGAGGCGGGGGCCGUGAAGUCGUCACCAUCUACUCAUAACGCUGGCGUGUAGGCCGCCACCAUGGAGCAGCCGGGCAUUAUGGGAAGCCUGUAUGGCGGUUGUAGGGCGUGCAUUGACAGAGGGGGUGAGCCGUGUUUCAGGACAGUGUUUUAGAAGUGUGCUUCGGGACAACACGGUUAAGGACAGCGGAUGCCCAGUGCACCGUCCCACCGAUGGAAAAUAGCGUACUGACACUUUAAUCGCAACGUUUCCAUGUUUAUGGUUCCUUGUAUUCAUAUUCUUCUACAUGUGUUUGUGUUCCAUUUUGAACACUUUUUUUAAAUGUUUGUUUUUAUGUGCAUAAGUUCAGCUAAGGACAACUGUGCGAAAAUGAAAUUAGUCUUGUGUUUCUUUUCGGUGUUCGUCAAGGUAAAUGAGAUUGGCCAAAGGAUACGGCGGAGCACUGGUUUCUGUUUGACUGCUGAAGCAGCUUUAUGAGAGCCCUCAUAAGGCGAUUCAUUGUCCCGUGCAGCACUGUGUGCGUAUGUGUGUGUGUGUGUGUGUGUGUGUGUGUGUGUGUGUGUGUGUGUGUGUGUUUGUGUGUGUGUGUAAACAUGGGUUCUUUAUCAGUCUCCCUGUUGUACUGGGUGGUAUUUACCUGUACAUGCAUGCACAUACUACCUAGGCUUGGGUGUCGGACUGAUGUGGGCCAGUCCUUGCUGUCGUCGGGGAAAGUCUACCGCAAAAGACCCCAGAACCACCUCUGGAUGUCUCUUUUCUAGUUCCAAAAUGUCUUUUUAAAGACAAGUAGAAAACAGCUUCGCUCAGGAGGUUCCGGUUCUCCAUUCGGCCUUUUCUCCGUCUUCUCAGCUGGUAGAAGCAGUUAGCGGUUCUGUUCAUUUUUAAGCGCAUACCAGAGUCAGAGAGCGCUCUCGUGUUUUAUUAAAGGGAUUUUUCCGUGCGUGAGGAAGGUCUUGUUUGUGUGCGUUGUAGAAUAGUGUGUGGCGUCUUCGGGUGCUCGCAGAGUGGACAAGUAGUCGCGGACGUGCAACGCUUGACUUACAUAUCAGCAUUACGAGAAAGAGCAGGUUCGGGGAACGUGAGAAAGCCAUUUACCACCGUAAACGUUACAGUUGCGUCUCAAAAAAUCAGAGAACAGCCAUAGCAAAUGGGAAACAGCCAUAGCUCAGCUCCACGCUGAGGGAGCGGAACGCUGCUCUUGAGUCCGCGGCGUGUUUCAUUCGCAGCCCUACCUACACAGCGGCUGAAUAAACGUAAACUAUGCAACGUGUUAUACAUUUUUGCUAUAAUGCACUGUAUUAUAAAUCCUGCAGUAGUACAUUUGUAUCUGGUGUGCAAUAUUACUGCAGCUUAGAGAUGAAUGUUGUCUGAAAAAAGUUCUAGGGAAGUGAAAAAGUAAUGCACAUGUUUUAUAGCCCUUUUAAAUUAUUUAUUUUUGCUUUGUCUGCCCGUAACAGUGGUCGGAAAAGUUGUCACCAGUUCAGGUGAUGGGUUUGUUCACAGCUUCGCAUGUCUGUAAGAGCCUUAUGAGCACCAGGUUCUUUGAUAAAAGCCAUACUCUUCUGCAUCCGAGUCUUACUUGUUCGUCUGAGUUACUCUGAAGUUACUGCACACAACAGGGGUGGUGUGAUUUUAUUUCUGAGCAACUGUCAUUGUGAGAAAAUAUUAAAGUUUAGCUCAGCGGAGCAUCUUUCUGAAUAACACUGUGUUGAUCUUAUUAACUGUGCUGUUUCUUGCUGUUUGAUUAUAUAUCUGGCAGUGUUAGAUAUAAACUGGAACUGAAAAGGGGUCUUCUGUCCUGGUCCCAGAGGACCACCAUGACUUUGGGUUUUCAGACACUCUUUAAUCACAUGCAACGUUAGCGUCAGUGUGAAGGGAGUCUAAAUGAGCUUGGACAGGAAAAUUAUUACUUGAGCAAAAAUCCUCCUGUAUGCUCCCCCUUUGAGGCCUGCGCUGAAGGAUGGUGGGAGCAGAAGAGAUGCUGUUGUAACUGGUGUGGGUUUCACCACCCCGAGAAACUUUGCACAACAUUAGAACCACCUCCUCUUUGCAUACAUACUAUUGAGUCGCUCAAGACUACAUUUCCCAGUGUCCUCUAGGCCCUGCUCACCCAUUGGGUCAAAGCCUUGGAUGCAUUACCGUAUAGGUCUCUAUAGGUCACUAGACAGUCAAAGUGGCAGAAGUGUAUGACCCGGUAUAACCCGGUUGUCAGAGGAGCGUUACAUUGCACUUGAACCGUUCCACUAUUUAGCACCUCAUGAAUAACCCCAGUAUGAGUUGUGAAUCUCCAGGCCAUUAGAUCUAUGUCUUGUAAUAGAUGAUUUAUCUACAAAGCAACCAGUUUUCUUUUAAUGACAUGUCAAAUGUAUCAUACUUUUUAGGUUGUGAGGUUUUAGGUGUCCUCAUGGAUUGUUACCAGCUGUGUACAGGGGAGAAAAAAAACGUGCCAAAAGAAUGAACAGAAAUUGUGGAAGUACUUGCUUUUCUGCAUCCGCCUGCGGUGCAUCGUGAAACGGCCAAACUGGUUGCUUUCUCGCGAGGGUACUGAGGUUUGGCAAAACACGAGGGUGACGUGAAGCGGUUGAACGGCACACAGUUCUACUCAUUAAUAAGUAAAUCUGUCUUCUCAUAAAAGGAGCUGAAAGUGUGCGGAGUUCAUCGAGGAUGAGCGAUGAGCCGUGUCUUAAUGACCGGAGGACCGGUGUCCGCUUGGGAGAAGAGCAAACCGAAGCUAAAGGCUGUGGUGGUAACCAAACGCACGGGGUCAGAAAAGACGUUCCCGAAUGAGACAAACAUCUCCAGCGCUUGUCGCCAGCGAGUACCAGCUGACGGCUACCGAUUCGAUGUGACGGCCUGGUUUCCCACGACGGACACCGGAGGGUCCCAGCAGCCCUCUUCUGAGCCAGAUGUCUCGGGUGUCCUGCAGCAGCACGAGGACAGGCUGCCUGUUAUUUUACAUGUAGGGAAUGUCUGUCUCCCUUUCUACUUCCACUGUUUCUGUUACCAUUUUUUAGCUUUGCAGUAUUUUGUUACCAGAACGUUGUAUUUUUCUACAGCAUGUUGCGAGAAAUGUGCGACGGUUGGUUUUUUAGAGUAGGCCGAGUUGAUCGGUAUCCGCAUCGGUGUUUUCCUGCGCUCGCGUUUUCUUUUGAAAUCCACGUCUGUGUCGUCUGUGAUCGUAGUGUAUGAAAGUAAGACUGACUUUGGGGGGGCGGUGGGUGAUGUGAUGUAAUGUGGAGUGGCAGUUUAUGGUAUGAAACGUGCGUAGAUAUGUUUUCAGCCACACGGGGAACACCACGCGAGUGACCCUCGCGUUUCCUCGUUCCUCUCGGUUUCUUUUCUGGCUCCUCUCCGGUUCCUCUCGCUUCGCUUGGGAUGCGAAGAAGAGCGGAUGAAGGGAACGGGGAAAAUGGCUCGCGUCACGCAAAUUGUUCAAGGCGUUCCGUUGGAAAAUGCGCUGUCGAGGUUUAACCCACCAAAGAUUAAUGAUUUGUUGAGUCUGUGGCAGGGAUCCAGCAUCUGGAACGCACAGCUUGGAUUAUUUGAGCAAAACAGCAGCAGAAGAAGUGUAAAAGUGAGAGGCUCAGCAAAGGGGUUCAGAAUAAAGCGAGCUGAUCGCGUCUCCUUGAUGUAGGAGAUGGAGUUAUGAGGUCGGCCUUAUGGUAGCCACUAAUGAUACUGAAGUCAAGAUUUAUGAGUGGCAACAAUCUUUCAUUAUUAUUAUUAUUAUAAUUACUACAUGCUAGAAAAAGUAGCCGUCAUUGAAUAUUGGCCCGCGGCUCCUUUUUCACAUUUAACGUGCAACUUCAAAGUCGGCUCUGGAGGAUACACAAGGGAGUCAGCGUUCAUCCACGGUCAUUGCGGUCACUGCACUGUCUGCUGCUGUUUAGCUGUAAAGCCCUUUACGGACUCGUAGGAUGUUACUUGUGGGUGCACAGGUAGUGGAGAAUAGCCCUUUAACUUAAAUUUGUGCCUCUGAGUAAUUAAUAAAGUGCUGAACGAUACCAGGCCGACUCUGCGUUUCAUUGUCAUCACAUCUUUGUUCCAAGGUUUCCCUGUUUGGGUCUGAUCACAUUUCGUAGUGCAAAGACAGACCUGACAAGUGAAUCACAACAAGAUUAAAUGACCAUGUUUUAGUGGGUAAGUCAGCACAGUUGAGCUCAGAGUCAAUGUGGAAAUCACAGUGACUAUGAAUAUUUUUCUGUCUGUUUGUUGUCUCUCUCUCUCACACACACACACACAUUUUCCUUGCUUUCUCUGCAAAUACAUACCAACAUAGAUCAUU